AUGCCCAGUAAACAUGAAAGUUUAAAUUCUUUGAUUCAGGCCGAGGAAAACUAUUUAAAUGAUUUAAAUGAUAUAGACCUGAGACUAUUACAGCUAUGGACGAAACAAACAGAAUCAGUGAUAUCUGAUUUCAAUGAUAUGCUACAAAGUUUUCAAGAUAUAAUUCAUAUUCAUAAGCUUUUUUAUAAAGAACUAAAAGAAACGAAUUUUGAAGAGGGAUUACAUUAUUAUUUAUUACGAUUGGUUAAAUUUAUAAAAAUACCUUAUCAAACUUAUAACAAAAAAUAUCUUAAUAAUUUGGAACAGCGUCAAGAUAUUCUUUCUAAUACAUUGAUUCAACAAUUUCUACAUGACAUUAAUAAAGAUCGACAAGGAGAGGAAAAGAAGCUUCAGUCUUUAUUGGAUGCUCCUUUAAACCACAUUCAUUUUUACAAAUCCUUUUUUAAUAAAUCAGAUAUUGAUGUUGGUCAGCCUAUUUUAACGCAGGCUAAUGAAUUGUUUGAUUCGCUUAUAAACGUUAUGUCCAUAGAUAUCGAUUCACUUUAUAAUCAAAUUGAUUGUACUCAUGUUACUGACAUAUUAAAUGAUGAUCCAAUUUCAAACUACAAGCUACAGCCAUUUUCAAAAAUUUUGCUUUGUAGCACGUUCAACUGUGCAGAAUUAUCCAAAAAUGUGCAACUUAUCGUAACAACAGAUAAUAAUUUGAUUUUUUGUCAUAGUAAAGAUCUCGAUUGCACUGGAAAUAAAUAUACAUUACUUUAUGCUCCAAUAGAUAUCAACGAUAUUUCGAUCCAAGCUGUUCAACUACAACAUGAGCUCGUAGAUGACUAUAAUUUUCAACUGCAAAUUCAUGGUAGAAAGAUAUUUACGAUGAAAUCAAGUCAUACAGAUUAUAGAAAAUGGCUUGGUAUAGAAGAAGAGUCUUUGAAAGGCCAUUCUGUAGAACAUUGGAAACCUUUCAAAGAUAUCGUCGAAAGCUAUGGCACAGACCAUCAAAAUAUAUCUAAUAAACCUAAACAAUCUGAUUUAGCAUCCAUUCGAAAAAAUGACGUUUUUAGAUUUUAUACUGAACAUUCUGGAGAAGUAUCACCUUUAGUGUCUUCGGAUGAAGAAGAGGAAAGUGAAAGUGAAGCUGAAAUCAACUUCAGAAAAAUGAAAAGUGAAUCAUCAUUCAAAUCAGAUAAUUACACAAAUAAAAUUCAGAUACUCGAUACGGAUUAUUUUCCUUCUUCCUCUUCUUCUACAACUUUAAAAGAACAAAAAUCAAUGCCGCCUUCUCUUCCAGAAAAAACUAAUAUUUCUCGACUGCCUUUAGAGUUUCCUAAACGUAACUAUCAACCGCCAAUUAUAUCCAGUGUAAAAUCACCUUCAGUUUGUAAUCAAUCGUUAACAAGCCAACUUAUUCCUUCAAACCUACUCUCAUCUACAACGAGUCUUCCAUAUAAUUCAGCAACUGUCAGACCUGAAAAUACUCGACCUCUUUCAACAACUAAUCAUCAGCCUAAAGAUAAACCCUUGAUCAGCAAUCAGCAUCCGCAUCCAAAGCAAUCAUCAUCACUAUCAUCUACACCCUCAUCUUUCCCACCUCUAUCAAAGAAAAAGUCCUUUGUGCAAACAGUUAUAUCAGUCAUAUCAUCUAAAGCAUCAUCACGUUUACAAAAGAGCCAAGCAAAGCUUAAUGAACAUCCUGAACCAUCAACUGCGUUAGAUGUGCCCCAUGAAAAUAAACAAACUCAUAAUACGAAUUUACAAAAUCUGAACUCAGUAGUUUUACCAAGCCAACAACAACAACAGCAACAACAACAAGAGACAACAAAGUUAGGACCUGACUCUACUGAUUUAUUGUGUUGCCAGAAAUCCGAAAAUCCGACUAAAACACUGAUUAUACCUCAGAAUUCAACUGCGCCAUGCCCAUCUUUAAACUCCUACUCGUCAAAUAAUCAUUCAUCAUCUUCAUUUAUCAAUGUCACUUCAUUAAGCCAAACUAGUAUAGCGCUUACCCCUCCAUUAAGUCAAUCUUCUAGUCCUAGAUCUUCUACGCCCGUCAGUUUAUCUCUUCAUCAAGCAUCGUCCUAUUCUUCAUUUGAGGAAUUAGGUACCCCUCCCGAGAGUCCUGAGAUUAUUACACAAAGAAACUUGAUUAGAAAUAUUCUUUACGUGAAUGAUAAAUGCAUAGUAUUUCGAUGGAAGGAUGAGUCAUGGUAUGAAAUUGAGGGAGGCUGUGUAAUUGAAGUUCGUCAAACCUAUAAUAAUCGUUCUUGUAUUGCAGUCCAUAUAAAAAAUACGGGUCAACUCUAUUUAAAUGCAUGGGUGUUACCAGAUACAUUUAUCUGUCGUACAAAUGAAACUGAUCUGAGCCUAUCGCUACAUAUCACAAAUCAUCAAUCUGCCUUGGAGACUUAUCUUUUCCAUUAUGAAACAAAAGCUGAGGCAGAGAGCUUCAGCAAUUUAUUAGAACAAUUGCACAAUGAGUCUAUAAAGAUGAACACUACUUUCUCCGCUACAAACACAUUAAAAAGCGCUCCCCCGGUAUUAAUCCGAAACUCUUCAUUAACAGAAACUAAUACAAACAAUAAUGUUUUAACGUUAGACGAAUUAUCAAAGACAUUAAGAUUAGCGAUGCAAUGUAAAUGUAAAUUGUAUGUGCAAAGUGGAAGCUCUAAAUGGAGAAGCUUUGGGAGUGUUCAUAUGAAGGUAUCACAGCAAUAUACAUCAAAGAGAAUGCAUAUUAGUAUAGAAUCUCAUAAAGGUGGCAAAAUAACGCAAUUGGUGAAUGCCAUGAUACAAAGCAGAAACGUUGAAAGAUUGAGCCAAAAACGGAUUUCAUUUAUGUUGGUAGAUGAAUUACAGAAAACGAGUGUAGUAUACAUGAUACAAGUUCGCGAAGAGCUAACCGGGGAUAAAAUUAUAGAGUACAUAAAGUCAAAAAACGCGGAGUAUGGUUGGUGA